AUGGUAACUAUCGAUGUGAGGGGAGUGCAAAUUAUGUUCCCGUUUCCUCCAUACGAGUGUCAAGUGGCAUACAUGGAAAAGGUGAUCGAAGCAAUUGAUAUGAAAUUUGACGCCGCCUUGGAGUCUCCCACGGGUACUGGCAAGACAUUAUCCUUGAUUUGUUCAACUUUGGGAUGGCUUCAGAAGCAGAAGAUGAUGUUUCACGUCUCAUUUGAAGAUGCUGCUAAAAUCGCUUCAGGUAUCACA